GCUGGCACGGUCCCGGCAGAGCCCAUGGGCGGGCUCGGGCAGGCACCUUCAGCUUUUGCAAAAUUCAGUCAAGCAGAUAACUCACCUUCAGGCUCAGGGCCUUCAAAGCAUUUUUCUAGACCUUCAACUGUAUUGGUCCAGGCUUUUUAGCCCAGCAGAAACCAUAUAUCUCUGCUUUGAUUAAAGAUGACUUCCUUGUUUGCACAAGAAAUUCGCCUUUCUAAAAGACAUGAAGAAAUAGUAUCACAAAGAUUAAUGUUACUUCAACAAAUGGACAAUAGAUUUGGAGAUCAAAACCUGGACAAGGCAUCUCAGAUGCAAGCAGCUAAGACUGCUUAUAAAAGGAAUGUUAGUCUUUUAAAUGAUAUAGAAGCAGCAGCAAAGUCUCUACAAACCAGGAUUCAUCCACUUUCACAGCCUGAGGUGGUUUCUCUGGAGACUCGUUACUGGGCAUCAGUAGAAGAAUAUAUUCCCAAAUGGGAACAAUUUCUUUUAGGAAAAGCACCAUAUCCUAUUGGUUUUGAAAAUCAAAAUGAAGCGGAAAAUGCCAUGCAAAAUGAGGCACAGCUGUAAUUUUUUAAUGUGCUAUUUCAGAAACCUUGUUUAGUAACACCAAAUGUUAAAGAAUGUCAGGUCACUGCAGAAACUUGAGGAACUGGAUAUGUUCAUAUUGUUCUGUUGUCUACUAAGUGACAAUGAAAAUAUGAGAAUCUUCUGGAAAAUGUCAGGUAAUCACUACACUACUAUAUUUCAAGUUCUUGAAUUUCCUUUCUACCAAAACCCAUGGAAGUGUUAAAAACUAGUAUAGAGAGGUGGGUUGUUUAUUAACUAAAUUAUUAAAUGAGUGUCAUAUAUGUUGCUUAAAAAAUUAUUUACAAUUAUUCACAUCUCAACGGUGAAUAACAAUUACUGGUUCUGAUUUUAAGUUUCAAGAAUCUUUACUUUCCAUAAAGAUUACUUUCAUUAUGGGGGUGAGGCACAGGAUCAAGUGGUUGUUUACUAUUAUGGUUUCUUUUAACAAAUGAAAAGACAGUGAUGUUUAGCUGCAGUAUAAUAAGAAUGUUUAUCAGAAAACAGAGUCAUCAGAUUCUGUGCUUUAAAGAUAAUCAAACUGCUAAAAGUUCUAGAGAUGGGAAGAACUGAACUCUGUGAAGUAUUCAAUAAAUAGCCAGUUUCAAGAGGUCUUAGACUUACUUGGUUUUGAACAAGGAUACCCAUUAGAGCUGGAAAUGGUUAUUGGAUUUUCACUUGGUUAUUUAAGGAUUGCCACCCCUGUGAAUGAGAAAAACUGAUCUCUCAUCUUUUCAUCUGUAAACUUGCCUUUCCUUCUCCUUUCUAUUUUCAUUAUUUCUGAAACAGUUGACAGAGAGCUUUGGGUCACAACCCUAAACAGCCUCAAGAUUCCUCAGUCCACCAGUGCUUACUCAAUAGAAGGAAAAAAAUGUGUGUGUGUGUGUAUAAUUUUUGUAACUACAGAAGUUGCUUCUGCUAAUAAAGGAAGUCUACACUGUACUAAAGUUAAAUAUUUUAAAUUUCAAAUUGGUUUGUGUUUUUAAAAGAAGACAAUAGGACAAUAUUAAAAAAAAAAAACUGUUGAAAUGACCAUUGUGCUAAUAAGUUCUUUUAAACUACUAUCUUAGAAAUAUCCUGUUGAGUGAGUGUUGGUGUAACAAUAACGUUGUUUUCAUAGUAUGUGCUGGCAGAUUAGCACUCUUCUCUACAGUGUUAACAGUUGUAAUUAAGGAAUAAAUAGCACAGGGUGUCAGUCCGAUGACAAUUUCAUGUAUAGUGUCACAAUACAAAAUGUUGCAGAAUAUUAGAACUGUUAUAUAACUAUAAAAACUCAGCUUAAAAGCUGAAAGCCUUUUUAAAAGGAAGCUAGAGAAAGGAAGAAAGAAAACUGGCAUAGAGACCUGAACAAUUUUAUACCUUCUCAAGUGUGUUCUAUCAUGAAGACAAAUUGAUAAUUUUUUUCCUGUUAUAUUACAGUUUGGUUUCCAGCCAUCCAAUUGAUUUAGCAGGAGAAUGCUGGAUUUUAAAAAUUUUUUUUUAUUUUUAGCAGUGUUGAAUUAGUAAACAGAUUUAGAUGUAGUAGAAAGGAACAUGAGGAAGUUUUUUUGUUUAUUUUUUUAAAUCCAAUCUUUCCCAGCAUAUGCACAUAAGUAGGUGAAUGAAGUAAUGUGAAACUUAUUUCUCUUUAGUCAAGUGAAGAAAAGGCUAAACAUUUGUUGAGAUGGUAAAAUAUUGUGUCAAGCAAGUAGGCACAUUCCAGAAUUGAACAGCGGUUGAUACAUUAAUGUCCUGAAAUAUUUGCACAUACACUUUCAUUGAAAUCUGUAAAUUAAUUUACCAGCAGGUUAGAUUAAAAUAUAAAAUAUUUGAAUGUCAAUUUAACCAUCUCAGGAAAGGUUGCUUUUUUUUUCCCCUUUCCUGCAUUAACUAACUUGCUAAAUAGUUAAGAAGAAGAGCAUAAAAUUUAUUAUAUCCUGGGUUACAGUUUAGGAAAGGAGGGCAGGUAUUGCCAGGCUUCGGCUGUGCCAUUUUUCCUGUUUGUAGUUACUAUCUCAGAAACUUUUAUUCCUGGCCCCUACAGAGCUUUUUUUCCCCCCUCCUCUACUUGUAGACUGUAACAGAUUGCACCACAUGGUGUAUGUUCAAAAAAAAAAAAAAAAAAAAAAAAAAAAAUUCCCCAUA